CUUAUUGGGCUUGGCGGCCACUACAGAGAAAGAAGCACCAACAGCUUCAGUUUGGUCCAUAAAUCUAGUUCAUAUCGGAUACUGAUCACCGUGGCAGCAGCUGCAGGAUGCAUUAAAGGUCAAAGGUGAUCUUGAAAGGCAGCUAUGAGUCUGACGUCCUGGUUCCUAGUGAGCGGCGGUGGGACGCGUCAUCGUCUCCCCAGAGAGAUGAUCUUCGUGGGGAGAGACGACUGUGAACUCAUGCUGCAGUCCCGCAGUGUGGACAAACAACAUGCUGUUAUCAACUACGAGGCAGAUACAGAUGAACACAAGGUUAAGGACCUGGGCAGCUUAAAUGGGACCUUUGUCAAUGAUGUCAGAGUACAGGAGCAAAUGUACGUCACACUGAAGAUCGAUGACAAAUUGAGGUUCGGUUACGAUACAAACUUGUUCACUGUUGUUCGUGGAGAGCUGCAUAUACCUGAAGAGGCUCUUAAGCAUGAGAAGUUUAGCAGCCAGCUUCAGCUCAGCCAGAGAAGGCCUCUGGAGGGUGAGUCAUCAAAAUCAGAAGGGAAACCCUCUGAGGCAGCAGCACCAGUGUGCGAGGCAGCCUCUGCUAAACCCCCAGAGCCCAGCAGGAUGGAAGAAAAGAUGACAGAUGUAGCGGUUUUGCACAGGGGAACACCGCUUUAUGGACAGCCUGCCUGGUGGGGCGAUGGAGAUGCUGAUGAUCACUCUGGAAGGCCUGAAGAAAAGAAUUUGGAACACAAUCGUGAAAAAGCUCACACAGACACAAAGAAGAGUGCAGAAAUGCCAAAGUCUGCCGUGCAAAUAUCCUCUACUCAGGAGCCAAGUUACUUUGAAAUUCCAACCAAAGAUGCUCCCCCAGAAGGUAAAGCGAGUGGUGAGGCCAUAUCAAGAGAUCAAGAGGCUUGUACUUCAUCUACCACAGAGCCUGUACAUGGUCAUGCAUCCUACACAAUAGAAUUUGACCAUGGAGCAUCAGGCAAAGUGACAGUCAAAGACCGAGUGGCGAAGUUGGGUUUAGACACAAGACCAAGUACAAAAAGGGGAGUGGGAGAGGAACUGAGUCCACUUCAGACAGCCAUGGUGGCAGCAGAGGUCAAAGUCGCUGAUUGGCUUGCUCAGAAUGAGCUGCCUUUGACUGUCAAAGAAACGGUUGAAGAAGAUGGUGGGGAAAGUGUGAAGAGUGACGUACCUGUUCAACUGAGGAGUCGUAAAGACAGCAAACAUGAGGAUGGCACACAAAGUGACUCAGAGAACGCACUUGGAGAACAACGCAGGGCUGCUGCUCUGGAGGAGCACUCUUUGGGGCUUUGGGGUGGAGCAGGAAUGAAGAUCAGGGAAGGGAGAGCUAAUGUGCCUGAGGGGCUCUUUGCAGAGGAGGAAAGUCCGGCGCGCCGCCGUAGAUCUUCAAGUACAAAAGUGUCAAUUGGCUUUGUAGAAAGGCAACAUAAUGCUGCAUCACACCAACAAAACAGUCGUGAUGAGUGCUAUCAACAUGGAGACGAUUGUAGCGACAGAGGAACAUAUACAAUUGAGCUGGAAAAUGGAGAUCAUGAAGAAGAAGAGGCUCGAAAAAUGAUUGACAAGGUGUUUGGUGUAGAUGAACUAGAGGCUGUGCAAGUUUCCAGAGUUGGGAGUGCAGACCUAAAAGAGAACAUCCCCUCCCAGAGGUCUGGCACUAGAGAUAGAGGAAAACCUGGCUUCAUGGAAACUGAGGUACGGCCUGAGGACCUGGUCGUAGGUGGUCCUCGUUGGGUCUCACAGUGGGCUAUUCUUGCAGCCAGCCAUAUAAGGACAGACCCUGAGGGAUCUGGUGGCGAGAGUCACAGUUUUGUUACUGACAAAGCAGACGUAAGUGAAUCCAGCCAUUCCUUUGCUUCAUCUGGUCAAAAAGAACGUAAAAGAAGAACUCUGCCUCAGGUGCCUGGUGAAGAAGUUAUCCAAGGAAGAAGGACUCCAAGCUGUAGCAUGCACACAGAUAUGGGAGAGAAACAGGAUACAGAACUGCAAGAGAAGGAGAACCGGGAGUGGAGAAUAGCUGGGGGGGAACAUUUGCCUGUUCAUGGUAGCCCUAGUCGGUCUUCACCAGCCAAGUCGCAGGGCAGCAGUUAUGGGAGAAGAAGUGCGCUAGCAAAGCUACCACCUCGGCCAAAGACUAGUGGGGAGAGGAGAAAAGAGGAAGUGCAGGGGAGGAAAAAGGAAGAAGAGAAGAUCAUGGAGAAUAGUGGAAAACCAUUUUUGAGGCAGGAGAGUUUUACUGUGGAGAAACCGAGCUCCAAUGUGCCCAUUGAGCUGAUACCCCGCAUUGAUGGACUCACAGGUAGCAAACCCCCGAGUAUAGAGGCUGGCAUCGACAAUGACACACUACAGAAAGACUCUGAGGCAGUGGCAGCUUUCUUAGAGACCACUGUAUCAGACCAAGGUGAUCCACCAAGUCAGUCCAUUGAAGGUUCCAUGUCACCAGAGUCGGAUGUGGACACAACUAGUACAGUAAGCCAGGCUGAUGGAGCAAGGAGAAUGGUUCAAAAACGGCGCAUUCUUGUCGGACAGCAAAAAGAGAAACCCGUUGUGUGCUCAAACAACAAAGGCCCAGCUGCUGGUCGAGAGACACAGGACAAGAGGGUUAAGAGCAAAACACAAGGUCUGCAGCAGCCUUGGACUUCUCUGGAACUCACAGAUGAUGAUGUCAAUUCUAACUCACUCCUCUCUGAUAGCCAGCCUACAACACAGGAAACCAGAGGUUCACGGGCCAGAUCCCAGACAGGAAGCACUACAGUGGGGGCGAGUACCAAGUCCAGUAGGGCUAAGAUCAACCAGGCCCCUGCUUCCCUUCCAGCCAGUAAAAUCACAAAUGUCCCAAAGCCAAGGCCCACAAGGGCAUCCAUACUGCGGAGAGCCCGACUGGGUGACUCAACUGACACUGACCCUGCAGAUUUGGACAGGAUGUCUGUGGCCUCUGAGGCCUCAACUGCUAGCUCCACAUCCAGGACAGGACUGGCAAAAAGUGGAAUGUCUAGGAUAGAGGCUUUGGCACAGCCAAGGAGACCAAGAGUUGGUUCUCCUUCUGCCCAGAGUGACUCUGAAGCCACUGUGACCAGGAGUAGAGGAUUGGGAGCUCGAAGUACUGCAGGUGAUUAUGCUAUUAGACACGGACUAAAAGGGUCCAAUGUGUCUUCUGUAUGUGGACCCAGAGCCAGGGCGAACAGUGCCUCCAAGCUCCCUGACAAAGGUAAAGCCACCUCUUCAUACGGACCGGCCGCACCAGCAGCCGGCACUCGGUUGCGCCGUGUGCCCGUAGACUAUGCCUCCACCUCAGAAGAUGAGUACGGUUCCAACCGCCAUAUGUCCAAACAAGGCCACACACGGCCACUUCCAUCCACACGGGUGGCCCAGCUAGGAGGCUCAGGGCCAACAGCUCCUAAUUUUGUAGGCCUGAAGCCAGUGUCUACGGAUCAGGAUGAAUAUAUGAGAGACUGGACAGCACACAGUGAGGAGAUAGCCAGGAUUAGCCAGGACCUUGCCAAAGACCUAGCAAUGCUUGCAAGAGAGAUUCAUGAUGUAGCUGGAGAGAUUGACUCAGUGAGCCCUGCAGCCACUGACCCUGGAGUCGUGUUGGAGGAAUGUGAUGACAGUUUGGACCGAGGGGGUCCCACCACAGAUCGGACCACUGCUCUGGAAGCAACUGGGAAGUCAGUGGAAAUGAGACCAAGGUCCUCCAUUUCACAAAGAUCUCGCACCAUUCGUCGACAAACAUGGAACCAAGAUGAAGCAUUGCUAGAUAGUUUACUACUACCAUCUGUGAAUCAACUUUCAAAUAGAAUACGGCUAUCUGUCGACAAAACAGCCAGCAAAAUCAGGAUCCUUUUCAAGGAUAAAGACCGGAAAUGGGAGGAGAUUGAGAGCAAACUUCAGGCAGAGCAUGACUCCUUGCUUUUGAGGAGCUCCAACAAGGAGAUUUCCAUUAUCAUUCAAGACCUAAAAAGAGUGGAAAGACAACUGCUAGCCAUUGAUAUGAUGGUGGACCCAGACGGCAAGUUGGAUGCCCUGACCAGCCUGGGCCUCACCAGCCCUUUGGCUGACCACAAGGGUCCUGCGCCUCACCAGGCAGAAUCACUUCUUCCUUCCGGAAGAGAGGCUUCUUCCACUGCAUUGUUGGACUUGCGGCAUGAAGUUGCAAGUUUUAAAUCACACGCACUGCCAGAGAGUUUACAGGUAGCAGAGCAAGUUACAGGGUCCCAACACACCAGUGGAUAAUGGAAACCCUUAAAGCAUCUUCUAAAAUGUGUCCAUUAUAUUGGACUUAUCCUUAAGUCCCGAGAAGCAAACAUAAUUUUGACAUAAUCUUUCAGUAUAGUUAUAGGUUUUGGAUAUGGAGAAGUGACCUGACCCAUCUUUAAGUUUACUAUGGUUUACUUAAUUAUUCUGUUGUCAAUGCAAAGCAAUUUCCUUGUACAGACAUUUUUUUGCACAAUUAUAUUAUCCAAGGUCAUGUAUCUGAUUUAUAAAAUUGUGUCUGCUGACUUGUCAUUGUCAAUGCAAAUAAACAGUGUAACUUAAUAUGGAAGGUGUGUGCAGGUGUCCGGAAAGAACCUACAAUGGCUGGAUUUUUCAUGUGAAGUUUUUUUUUUUGUUUUGCUUGUGAAAAGAAUUUAGAUGUACAGUAAUUCCCCUGUAACUCUCUUACAGUCAAAUCCCAAACUACUACAUGCGUUUUCCAUGUGAAAAUAUCAUGUGCAACGUGCAGAAUAAAAAGGUCAAAUGUAGCUGUGAGGAAGAUUUUGAGAGUAUUUUGUUACAAGUGCCGUAGAUUGAGCAAUCAUUAUCGUAAAAGAGCAGAAAUAAUGAUAAAUGAGAUAGCAAGGUGGUCAUAAAAAAAGUUUAUUUGCACAUUUUGAAACUAGUGUAUGGUUGAUUUGUAAAAGAUCAGGAAAUGUCCCUUACAAUGCUCCAUUCAUGGUGGCGUUUAAGCCAAAAAGUAUACAGGGUUGCAAUCAUUCAGAAAAAAGCAUUUUGUCAAAUUAUUUCCCACUCAAGUGUUGUGUUUGAACCAGCAUAGACAGGGUCUACCUCCAAGUCCUGCAGUGGCAUGCUGCACUGAUGCAAAGGAGGGAUGGACAGCGUACCAUCAUAUUACCGUUUACACAUGAAUGUAACGAUGAAAUUUUACCAAACAAAUAUUACUAACUGCAUUUUGUGAUCAGUACUUAGUGUACUUUGUUUGUUGAUGAUUUUGGAGAAGUUUUCUUUGGGUGGUUUGUAAAAAAAAAUAUUUUGAAUGAUUUUAGUAUAAUUGUUGACCUCGCAAUACCUAUGUAUUGUUUGCCUUUUUUUCCAA